UUUUCUUCGGUGACUCCUUCAAGAUCGACUCGUCGACAUACAACAUGGAUAGGUAACAAAAAUAACACACUUUUCAUAGGAAAAAUUAAUCAGGAAAUAAAAUAACUACGUCGAUCCAGAACCUAUAAAAAAACUGGAUUUUUCUUAUACAAAAUUGAGAAACAUAUGGAUAAUUAGUUAGAAACAUUAAAAUUGCUUGUUUAUUUGUUACACUGUUUCUUUGAGAUACCGUAUAAUAUACGGUUGGUAUUUGUAACAUUUCUAGAGCCCAAACAAACAAAAAACAACAAAAUUUCUAGGUUUUAAAAGCGUUGUCUCUUCGUUCUCAACCAUUUCUUCUUCUUCUCCAAAUGGAUUCAACAUCCAGUCAUGGAAACCUCGUGGAAGAGAGGGAAGAGCUCAUGGUGCUUCCCAGUGAGAACAACACUCGACCCAUCAUAAAAAAAUCCCAUCUUUUAAAACCCCAUUUAACAACCACCACCAUUGAUGGGUCUGCACCUUCUCCAGGCGUAAAGUCGUCACCUUUACCCGUUUCCUUCUCUGGGUGGAGGCUCCCCAACCAAAAGUUCAAGUCUUGGUUUCGAAAAAUGUCAGCUUUCCACAAACCCAUCUGGAUACAAUCCGGAAUCUUCGAAGCAAUCAAAGCAUCCACUCACAAAAUCCGCAAAAACCCGUCUCUCAUCCUCUCCCUAUCUCAGAAAUGGAACCCUGAAACCAAAACCUUCGUGUUCCCUUGGGGCGAGGCUACGAUAACCCUCGAGGACGUGACUCUCCUUCUGGGCUUCUCCCUUCUGGGUUCCUCUGUAUACACUCCCCUCGAAAGCUCAGAGAUUAAAGAGUCAGUUUUGAAGCUAGAGAAACGGAGAAAGGAGAGUGUGAAGCAGGUUUCAUGGAUCUCGAGCUUCGAAGACGAUCAGAUGGAGCACGAGGCUUUCCUUGCGUUUUGGCUUUCCAACUUUGUGUUUCCUGAGAAACAAGGCUGUUCGGUUUCGAAACAUGUGUUCUCCGUCGCUGUUCGUUUGGCUAGAGGUGAAAGGAUCGCUCUUGCGCCGGCUGUUCUCGCUUGCCUUUACAGAGACUUGGGUAAAGUGAAUGCUUUGUCCUCUUCUACUCAGAACGUGGACGUUAGGUCUCUGUUUAAGUUGGUCCAAGUGUGGAUAUGGGAGAGGUUCAAGAGCGUUGGACCAAGACCUGGAGUGAUACCAAAUGGUGAACCUAGGAUUGCUCGUUGGAGUGGUCUGAGACAGGGAGCUGAGAAUGUGAGACCCUUUCUUCUUGAUGAUUUUGAUUGGCGUCCUUAUACUCAACCGUUGAGGAACUGGAACCCACCUCGGUUUUACAACGAAAAGGCUAAGAGGGUGAGUGAUGAUGAUGAUGAUGAGUUUGCUUGUUGUGUGAGAUCUUCCACGCUUGAUGGUUUUGGUUUUACAGAGGGUUACUAUCCGAAUAGAGUGGCAUUGCAGUUUGGAUUGGCUCAGGAUCUUACUGGUUUAGCUACUCUUGAUGGUUCAAAGCAACACAUACCUUCUCGCCUUACCACAGCUUCUGUUUCGGCUGCCAAAUACCGAGACUGGUGGAUGAGGUCAGUGAAAGAACCAGCUGAGACUUUCAAUGCAAGCAACACAGGUGAUGAUGAUGAUGAUGAUGUGCCUCUUAAGGUACUGCCAUUGAGCCAAGUCUUUCAAAAGUUAGGAGAUGGAAUGAAGAAAGCUGAGCAAGUGACAAACAAGAAACGCAAGCAAGCUAGUGAGGAUGAGAACGAGAUUGCUAUGGAUUGUUGUCAAACACAAGAUGAAGAAGACGAUGAUGAUAACAUUACCAUUGCUCAGAGAAUCAAAUGUAGAAAGAAGUGUGGUGAUGUAAAGGAUAUUGAAGAGGAUUGCAGUCUUCCAGGCCUUCCUCAGAAGCACAAGCUUGCUUCUGGAGAUGAACACAACUCUUCAGAUCCUAAUGUUGAUUCUGGUGCAGUAGAUGAGAUGGAAGAAGAUGGUAACAUUACCAUUGCUCAGAUUAUCAAGCUUACAAAAAAGUGUGUUAACGUAGAGAAUACUGAAGGAGGAGAAUAUGCUUAUGGUGGAGUUGAAGUGGAUAACAAUGUUCCAGACCUUCCUCAAAAGCUUGCUUCUGGAGAUGAAACUGUACCAGUGCCUGAAAUAAAGAGAACGAGUGUAGAGAAUGAUGAAACCAGCUCUUCAGAUCCUCUGGUUGCUUCUAAUAGAAUAGCUGAGAAGGAAGAAGAAGUUGAUGUUGUUGUUGUUGUUGAUGAUGGGAGACUGAACCAGAGAAAACUUGGAACAGAUGAGAUAGCAUUGCAGUUGGAAGCACGCAUUUUGAAGGUGGAGAAGACUUUGGCGAAGAUUAGACAGUGGAAGAUGGGAGAAAACCAAACCAAGACACCAGUCUCUGCUUAGGUUAUUAUCAUUACUAUUGCAGUUUCUUAUGAAAGACAAAGCUUUUGAGGCUUUAAAGAAUGACUCUUAUGUACAUUACUACUCGCUGCAAAAUGAAUAGUUGUGGGUUUAAAGAAUGGCUCCUAUGUCUCAAAAGUUGGAUUGAUGUUGUUAUUAGGAUUUUUCAUUUUUUUCUCUCCAGGAACCACUUGAGCUCUCAAGUUCAGAUAUGGCGGUUUUCUUCACCUAUUCUUCUAUCAAGCUUGAAACUUGAAAAGGAGAAUACAGAAUCUUUCCUAUUAUUAUUGUUACAGUUUGAAUACAGUUCUAGUUUUUGCUACA